AGGAGCUGCCAGAGUGGGUGAGAAACUGCAACCCUUUGAGGGGGGGGCAAGGUGCCUUUAGCAGCACCCACCUACAGGCUUCUUAAAAAUCCCCCCUCAGCGGGAUUUAUUCAGCAAAAACCAUGACGGAAAAAAAAAAAAAAAAAAAUUUAUGUGUUUGGAACCUCUUAAGCAUAAAGCUUAAAACAACCGCUGGUUUCUUGGAGUGGUCCUUCACCCCUUUGCCUUGAUUGUGAGCCUGAAGUUGCAUCCCAAAUUAUAAGGUGAGGCUGUGCAGUGUGUUUUGCCCACUGGGGGAGCGCGUCGUCCCGUCCCGCCCUGCACCCCACGAGACUCAAGCGACGUCUGGAAGUUCCUCACAGCCUGGGUAUGCUCUGCAGGCAAGCACAGGACAAACGUGCUCCUCUGCCAUAACUUCCCAUGGUAUAGAGGCUCCGGACAGCUCGAUGGGAUCUUGCAAAUUCGGGAGGUAUGGCUGGCUGCAGAUUUUCUCGGCUUUUUCCUUGUUAACACGCAGCCUGAGCCACGGUCUCCACGGACACCGGUGGAUGUAAGCCUCUGGGUUGAGCACUUCUCUGCUCGGGAUGGGGAGAGGAUCCCAAAAUCCGAAUUCUUCAGAGCAAGAUGAAGUGUUGAACAGCUACCAAGACACAGAGAAAGAUUGCAAAUGGGGGUCUGGCGCCAAGAAGUCAGACCGGGAAAGGUCCCAGUCCUCACGGGUUUUCAUCCCUGUGUGUGUGGUGCUGGUCCUCAUCAUCUUCAUCCUGCUGGUGGCCUUGACAGUUGUCCGUUUGGGAUCCCAUUCGCCUCACCCGCAGUUCUCCCACGUGUGCCCAGACACCUGGAUUGGUUUCCAAGGGAAAUGCUAUUAUUUUUCUAAAUCUGAGAGCAAUUGGACCACCAGUCAGGAAAACUGUGAGGCCCUGGGAGCUUCCCUGGCCCUCCUGAACACCGUGGAUGAACUGACCUUCAUUAGACGUUAUAAAGGCGAAGCUAACCAUUGGUUUGGGCUGCGGAAGAAGGAUGAUGAGUGGUGGUGGACCAACGGCACGGCCCUCAACAACUGGUUUGAGGUGCGGGGUGGUGGGUCCUGUGCGUACCUGAACGAGGAGAGGAUCAGCUCGUCCCUGUGCCACACCAAGAAGAACUGGCUCUGCAGCAGACCCGACGACUAUGUCCUCUGGAAGCAAAAAGCAUAUCCAUCAUAAAAGACCCCACAAAAAAAGAGCUUCAUCCCAAUUCUCUGACCAGCAGGUGAAACAGAUCCAAGGAUGGCUUUGUUUGGUAAAACCUUACAUCUUACUCGAGCACCAACAUUUAUGAGUUUGUAUUUUUAUAAGCUUUUCUGCUCAGACCAUCUAGACUAUAAUCGAUUCAUCCUUGCUGCCAAAUCACUGCAUCAGAAAAAGCUUAUUAGAUAUUUCCUGUGUGCUUUUCAAAGCAGAGUUUUGCCUCUAAGCCAGUCAGGUCCAUAAGCUAAGCACUUGAGUUGAAGUGAUUUUAACAAAGAGAUUUUCUUGCUGUUGGAAGGGGAUGGAAAAAGGUAGGGAGGGAAUUUGGUAAAAUGGUGGAUUUGGAUGGGCUUGGAAUAUUGUGCAGUUUUUUUUUUAAAUAAAAGAAUAACCAACCAACCAACCAAAAAAAAAAAAAAAGGAAAAAUGAAAAAAUGAAAACAACCAAUCAACUCUCGCCCCCCCAAAUCAAAAUCCAACCUGCCCCAAAAAAACUCAAACCCAAAAAACCUCAAACCCAAAAAACCUCAAACCCAAACAAACAAAAAAUCCCCAACACCAAAAAUAAUCUGAAAUCAAGACCAAAAAACCCCAAAAGACAAAAAAAGCCCCACUCCAACCCCCUAAAAUCGUCACUAAACCCCAGCUGCCUGCACCCGUCCACGCGCUGAUGCUCGCAGCUGCACCCCGGGAGCUGCAAACCCUUGACCGCCGCCAUCGCUCAUGAAAACUUUUCUUAAUUAAACUUCACAAUAUUUGCAAUACAUUUAACGCCACCCCA